GUUCUUUCUUCGUCUUCUUCUUCUUCUUACUUCUGACUCGGUAGUAUUGUCCAAGAACAGCAUCUCUGAUUAUGUUCAGUUCCAGGAUAUUCCCUGUCUGAAUCUCUUGGGUUCAUCUAUCUUCAUUGUAUUGGUCUCCACUCAUCGCAGCGAUCAACACUAAUGGACUAGUCGGGCGAAUCGCGUCUUGCUCUCCUUGCAAUAAUUAAUUCCGCCGUUAGCUGUGAAGAUCCUCUUUCUUUCCAAUCUCCAGUCUCUCUCUGGCUUAAUUUAACCCAGCCAACCAACCAAUCCCUUUCCCCUCCUCUCGUCUCCUCACCCCCGCCACUGCUUUUCGGUCGUGGUGUUUGUGCUGGUGCUAUUCUUGGGAUUGCUGGAACAACAGAAGGAAAAAGUUUCUCCAAAUUUUCGAACCCUGAAUGUUCUCAACCAUACUCGUUGCCCACCAUGUUGCAGGUUGACGAGAAGCAGUGGAUUAACGUACAGCAAAAGACCUUUACCAAAUGGCUCAAUGAUAAGCUGAAGGUUCGAAAUGUCUUUAUUGACGAUCUAGUGGUGGACCUGUCGAACGGGGUAAUCCUCAUCCACCUCCUCGAAAUCCUCGGUGCCGAAUCCCUCGGUCGAUAUGCCUCGAACCCCCGGUUACGAGUCCAGAAAUUCGAAAAUGUCAACAUCUCUCUCGACUUCAUCAGGGGCCGGAGAAUCCAAAUGACCAACAUCGGUGCGGAGGACAUCGUCGACGGCAACCGGAAGAUCAUCCUGGGCUUGAUCUGGACCCUGAUUUUGCGGUUCACUAUCAGCGAGAUCAACUCGGAGGGGUUGAGUGCAAAGGAGGGUCUCCUGUUGUGGUGUCAGCGAAAGACGGCGUGCUACGAUGGGGUGGAGGUUCGCGACUUUUCCUCGAGCUGGAACGAUGGCCUGGCAUUUUGCGCACUCUUGGAUAUCCACCGACCCGACCUGAUCGACUAUGAUUCCCUCGACAAGAAAGACCACCGCGGCAACAUGAAGUUGGCCUUCGAUAUCGCGGCCAACGAGAUUGGAAUCCCCGACCUCCUCGAUGUGGACGACGUCUGUGAUGUCCCUAGACCUGACGAACGCUCCCUGAUGACCUACAUCGCUUACUGGUUCCAUGCCUUUUCGCAACUGGAGAGGGUCGAAAACGCCGGUCGCCGGGUCGAAAAGUUCAUCAACAACAUGCAUGGCGCAUGGGAGAUGCAGAACUCCUACGAGCAGCGUAUGCGAGAGCUCUUGCGCACCAUCAAAGCCCAGCGCGAUCAUUGGCAAGACUCUUCGUUCGAAGGAACCUACAAGGACGCCAAGGACCAGGCCUACCAGUUUUCCCUGUACAAGCGGAACCAGAAGCGCCAGUGGGUAGCCGAAAAGUCCGAUCUCGCCGCCCUCUUGGGUAACAUCAAGACCAAACUGAGCACCUACCGCCUUCGCCCUUACGACCCGCCGGCAGAGCUGACUCCGGAUGCCUGUGACCAGGCGUGGGAGGGCCUGACGCGGGAUGAGCACGAGCGGAGCCAGCUGAUCAACGAAACAAUCCGGGAUAUCAAAAACGCCCUGCGCCGCUCCUUUGCCGACAAGGCCAACGACUUUGCAUUGACCCUCAAGACUUUGUCCCUGGCGAUCUCGGGCCUCGACGGCGAUGUCGAAGACCAACUGGCCCAUGUGAAGCGCCUCAACGACAACCUGCCCCCGCUCGAUGCGUUCUUGGAUACGAUCGCCGCGCUAGACGAGCAGUGUGCCGAAGCGAACAUUGAAGAGAACGAUUACACCACCUACACCCUCGACGAACUCUCCUACGAACUGAGCUUGGUCAAAUCGAGCAUCUCCAAGAAGCUUGCCUUCCUGGACAACCAGCUGGUUGCGCGCAACAUGACGAACCUGACCCCCAUCCAGCUGGAAGAGUUCGAAUCCGUCUUCCGGCACUUCGACCGUGAUGCAUCCAACACCCUUCACGAACUUGAAUUCUCGGCUGCGCUUGCGAGUCUCGGCCUGGUAUACGACGAGGACGAGAUGCACGAUGUGUUUGUGGAGACCUGCGGUCCGCAGCGUCUCCAGCAGAAUGCUGGAGUCAGUUUCGAACAGUUCAUUCGUUUCAUGGUCAGCGUCACCGAGGACCAGAACACCGCGGAACAGGUCUACCAAAGUUUCCGCGAGGUCGCAGACGGCAAGCCGUAUGUCACGGAACUUGAUCUGCGCCACUCGCUGAUCCCCGACGAACUGAUCGAGCACCUCGUCCAGACAAUGCCGCAACACCAAGGGCCAGACCUCCUCGAGGACCGAGAACUCCAGAAGUACGACUAUAUUAGCUUCAUGGAGAAGAUGAUGGAGAACAACGAGAAUUCAAGUCAGGCGUCCGCCAACGGGGGAGAUUAAAGCGCGUGUGAAUUUCCACCUAGCACUUAUUGGUGUUUGUGUCUUUGCUGCUUUCUUUCUGGUCUUUCUGGAUCCUGCAACUGGUGUUUUCUGGCGCUGAGGGGCGGUGGUUCUCCUGACUGGCGACCAUAUCGGCAUGCUCUUUUAUAUUAUUUGCAUUGCAUUGUUAUUCCACCAGCCGCGUCCGCCUGUACUUGUUAGCUUUUCUCUCCGGGGCUGUUAGUUUCUGAUAGGUACGGUGGUAUGGGUUAGGAUGGGUAGAAACAUUGCGCUAUCGACGACAAAUCCAUGAAUCGAAUUGAAA